UCUGUACCAUCCAUAGCAAUUGUUCUAACUGUGUUUUCACCUGAAGAAAAAAAAAGACAUGAGCAAGAAUGACAGACUCUGCUGCUGGUGCCACUGCUGUAGGUCCGGUGAACUAACUGGAACCCACAUUGCUCUCUGGUCCUGUUACUCCCAGGCUGCUAAAAGUGAAACUAAAAUAGGAGACUAAAAUACAAGAAACUGCUACAGCUCCACGAAAGCAAAAACCAGGAUGUUCCACUCCAUUAUGCUGGUGCUGCUUGUCACAGCACUGACCCAUGUCUGGACCCAAGACUUUUAUGAAGACAGAAGAAGUCACAAAAAGUCUAGGGCCAAACCUCUUUCUGCAAACAUUCAUGAUGGCCAAGCCAUUGUGGAUGAGGACUGCAGCUUGGAGCUCUCAUUCCUGCUGGACAGUUCAGAGAGUGCCAAGGACAAUCAUGAACAGGAAAAACAGUUUGCUAUGAAUGUGGUGGAUGCACUUCAGGGGAUACGGCUGCAGACUAGCCGUGGCCUGAGCUUGAGGGUGGCUCUGUUGCAGUACAGCAGUCAUGUUAUCACAGAGCAGACCUUCAGAGACUGGAAGGGCACAGAGAACUUCAAGACCCGUAUAUCACCCAUCAUCUACAUCGGGCAUGGCACCUACACCACCUACGCCAUCACCAACAUGACCAAGAUCUACCUAGAGGAAUCCAGCCUUGGAAGCAUCAAAGUAGUUGUGCUCCUCACGGAUGGUAUUUCCCACCCAAGGAACCCUGACAUUUUCUCUGCCGUUGCUGAUGCAAAGAACCAGGAGAUCAAAUUCUUCACUGUAGGAAUCACCCCGGCAGCCAACGAGCCCACCAAUGUGGCCCAGCUUCGUCUACUCGCCAGCUCUCCCGCCUCACGCUUCCUCCAUAAUUUACAGGAUGAAGACAUAGUUAGAAAAAUUGUUGCUGAAAUUACAGACUUGGCUGAUGAAGGGUGCCCUCUGGCUCAGAGAUGCUCUUGUGAGAAAGGAGAGAGGGGACCCGCCGGCCCAGGGGGAAAGAAAGGUCGGCCAGGAGAUGAUGGGGCUCCAGGGGCCAAAGGCCAAAAGGGUGAGGCAGGGUUGAGUGGACUACCGGGGCGAGAGGGAGCUGAGGGCAAACCAGGAUACAAAGGAGAGAAGGGCGAGAGGGGCGAGUGUGGAACUCCAGGAAUAAAAGGAGACAGGGGUCCUGAGGGUGGAGUUGGAGUAAGGGGAAUUAGAGGUCUCCAGGGAUUACCAGGACCACAAGGAGAUAUUGGACCAGAGGGUCCACAGGGGAAGUCGGGUGAACGUGGCCCACCUGGCCCUCCAGGAAUUCAAGGGGAAACCGGCAUUGGACUUCCUGGACCAAAGGGUGACAUGGGAUUCCAGGGACGAGCAGGUCCCCCUGGUCCCCCUGGACUGGGUGAACCUGGCCCUCCUGGAUCUCAAGGACCACAAGGUGUUCAAGGGGAAAAAGGACCCCAAGGUGAAGGGUUUCCUGGUCCAAAGGGGGAUCGGGGGCUGCCUGGGCCGAGAGGGACGAGAGGACAGCAAGGUGCAGGAAUCAAAGGAGAAAGGGGUGACCUGGGACCUCCAGGUUUUCCGGGGCCAACUGGACCUCCAGGAGUGGGCAUACAAGGAGAGAAGGGAGUUGAGGGUCCAAGAGGGCCACCAGGGGUUAGAGGACUUCCAGGAGAGGGUUUACCUGGACCUAAGGGAGAUCAAGGUUUACCAGGAGAACAAGGAGCUGUAGGAGAGACAGGCAUUGGUGAACCUGGUCCAAAGGGUGAGCCAGGAUCAGCUGGUCUGGCUGGUGUGCCUGGUCUUCCAGGAGAGGAUGGGGCUCCAGGCCAGAAGGGGGAACCUGGUUUACCUGGUUUAAGGGGUACUGAGGGACCACAAGGAAUUGGCACUCAAGGAGAGAAGGGUGAUCAAGGUCUAAGGGGUAUCCGUGGAUUACAUGGGCCUCCUGGGAUCUCAGGACCAUCUGGACCAAAGGGAGAACGUGGAGUACCAGGCCAGCAGGGCAUGCCAGGGCAGCCAGGACGGUCCGUAUCAGGUCCCAAGGGUGAUGUGGGCCCUCCUGGUCCCGCUGGACCUAUUGGGGAAACAGGCCAUGGCCUACCGGGUCCAAAGGGUGAGCGUGGUCUUCCAGGUUUGGCAGGUCCACAUGGUCCAAAAGGAGAUGGUUUCCCUGGACCUGUGGGUCCUCCAGGUCUUCCAGGUUUACCAGGAGAACCUGGCCCAGAAGGAAUAGGAGUUCCUGGUCCCAAGGGUGACAUUGGAUUUAGAGGGUUGCCAGGGUUGCCUGGCCCACCUGGAGAGGGAUUACAAGGAGCACCAGGAAACAUUGGGAGGCCAGGUCCUCCUGGUCCAACUGGACCUCCAGGACAGGGUAUUCAAGGCCCAAAGGGUGAUCCAGGAUCUCAAGGCAUGACUGGGCCUAGAGGGCCUUCAGGAGAUGGUUUCCCCGGAGUGAAGGGUGACCGUGGAUUACAGGGUGACAGGGGCAUGAAAGGUACCAAAGGAGACAUUGGUGAUCCUGGAGUUCCUGGGGAUGCCGGAAGGCCUGGAGAAAAAGGAGAAUCAGGACUCACAAGAGAAGAUAUCAUCAAACUCAUCAAAGAAAUCUGUGGAUGUGGCGUCAAGUGCAAGGAAAGGCCAAUGGAGCUUGUGUUUGUUAUUGACAGUUCAGAAAGUGUCGGCCCUGAAAACUUUGAAAUCAUCAAGGACUUCGUCAUGAGGCUGGUGGACCGGACCACAGUUGGACGAAAUGCCACCAGAAUUGGACUGGUUCUGUACAGUCUAGAUGUUCACUUGGAGUUUGACUUAGCUCGCUACAUGACUAAACAGGACGUUAAGCAGGCCAUCAGGAAAAUGCUGUACAUGGGCGAGGGCACCUACACUGGGACAGCUAUCAGAAAGGCGACUCAGGAGGCUUUCUUCAGCGCCCGGGUGGGAGUCAGAAAAGUGGCCAUCGUCAUCACUGAUGGUCAGACCGAUAAACGAGAGCCUGUCAAACUGGACAUAGCUGUGCGGGAAGCUCAUGCUGCAAACAUUGAGAUGUAUGCCCUGGGGAUUGUCAAUUCUUCUGAUCCUACACAGGCUGAGUUCCUGCGGGAACUCAACCUCAUUGCCUCUGACCCUGACAGUGAACACAUGUACCUGAUAGAUGACUUCAACACUCUGCCAGCACUGGAGUCCAAACUCGUCAGCCAGUUCUGUGAAGAUGAAAAUGGCGCAUUAAUCUACAAUCGCAUUACAAAUGGACAUUGGAAUGGGAAUAACGGACAUGGACAAGGUGUUAAUGGGAACAAUGGACGUGGAGACAAUACCAACAGAUAUAAUGGCUAUGGAAAUAAUGGAUAUGGUAACAAUAGAAAUGACUACAACUACCAAGAAGAGGUUUAUCCUAUUGAUAAUCACAGACGCACCAACAGUCGAGGCCGAGGAGACACCUUCACGCUGCCCAUUAGUGCUGAUCCGCUCCCUCUUCAGGUGGAAGAAGAUGAUGAUGGUGAAGAUUUAGAUUUAGCACAUGUACAAGCUGUGAACAAUGUGGCUGUAGUUAACAAAACAGCAUCUGUUUUACCUGUGAGAGAAAGUUCAGUCUCCACCGAGGGUGUCUCAUCGUCUUCAUCCUCGUCAACACUGAGUUCAGGUUUGCCUUUGACUUCUAAUCAGUUGAACCCUGCUGUGAGUCAAGUUGUACCUGAAGAGCCUGUUCCUCUUGAUCCUCGCUGUAACCUGGGCUUGGACCAAGGCUCCUGCAGAGACUAUAGCAUCCGCUGGUACUAUGACAAGCAGGCCAAUGCCUGUGCACAGUUUUGGUAUGGAGGCUGUGGUGGAAAUGACAACCGUUAUGAAACAGAAGAUGAGUGCAAGAAAACAUGUGUAGUGUAUAGAACAGGAUGAAAGGAAAAGCGACUGUCAGCAAGUGACUCAUCUACGUUAUAGUCUGCUGCCUCUUGUUUUAGUAUGAUGCAUAUUGUCAGUUGUGUUGAAAUUAUACAUGCACUUUUCUAACACUUGUCUUCUCAAACAAAUAAUUUUUAGACAAUUAGAUGAAUGCGUUACCUCAAAACGCUUUAUUUUCCUCAGUGCAACACAGAGGUUUUUCUGCCCUGGAUUUUUUUUUAGGACAGUUUUCAAGAAUUUGUAAGAAUUAAAAAAUUAGCCUUGAAAUCAUUCCUAUACCUCUCUGGGCAGAAUAUUUUAACAAGACAACUACUCAAGGUGAAUAUUGUUUACUUUUUGUUGAUGCAAUUUUCUGAAUGAACUGAAAGCUCUGAGUACCUUGUGUUUAUUUGUUUUUUUUACAAUGUGCCCAUAUAGUUGAUAACAGGCAGCUGUAAUAGGGGACUAUUCCUCUGUUGGUGCUGCUUUGACAGUUUUCUGUAAUCCAACUCUCUAACCACUUGUUAAUAUAAGCUGUGCGUGUGGAUAAAUGUGUUGUGUGUUUUGUAAAAAUAAAAUACAAAAAAUUAGUGCUUUUCAGUUCUUCAUGUUUUUAUUAAGCGACAACAAAUAGUUAUGAGUAAUAUAUGAGUAACUUAAAACACAAUACUAACAUAACAUGUUGUGUAAAAUAUGUGAAAUGUCUAUAUAACUGAAGAAUUUAAAAAAAACAAGAAUAGUUUACUUACUCACUGCAUUGUGUUGCCAAAGCCUGCAUGUUUAAAACAAAAAUGUUGAUAUUUGGCACUGCAUAUGUAUUGUACAGUACAAUAUAUUAUAUUCCCAUGUCAAUAAUUUUGUCUAAAUUCCCUAAAUAACCCUAACCAGGUGUCCUGCUUUCUGUGGGACAGCACAUCUUUAUCCUCUGUCAUCAUAUUGC